AUGCAACGCUUCAUAAUUUUCGCGGCUUUGAUCGCCGCGGCGAGCGCCCAGCUCUGCCAGAACACCGGCGAGUUGGUGCCGAACCCGAUCAACUGCAAGCAGUUCUUCAUGUGCCGUACUGGCCGCACUAUUCUCUUCACUUGUCCCGACAACACGCUGUUUAACCCACGCACGCUGGCCUGUGACUCCACCAACAAAGUUCGCUGCCAGCCGGGCGAUAUUCCGACGAGCAUUCUGACUUCGUCGCUGAAGGCUCAACCUGCGACCAUCGAGCACACUGUUACGGCUUGCAUCAACCAGCCGGUGGCAACGCUGCUGGCUAACACUGCCGACUGUAGCCGCUUCUACCAGUGCUCCGUUACGGGCGCCAUCAACUUCCAAUGCCCGUCCGGCACUCUGUUCGAUGCUCGUCGCAAGAUGUGUGUUGAGCGUGAUGUGGCCAUUUGUGGAACUAUUGCCCUACCGAAUCCACCAAUGUUGCCUCCGCAACCGAUCGUACCGCCUUCCCUACCGAUCGUGCCUCCGUCCCAACCGAUCCUUCCGCCGUCCUUGCCGGUCGUACCGCAGCCUCAGCCCCCGAGCAAUGCCAACAGCCUGCAGAUGCUGUGCCGUGGAAAGCCGCUCGGUGCUAAGAUCCGUAACCCGGCCGAUUGUUCGGAGUACGUCAAUUGUGUUGGAACCACCAUCCUUCGCUACGUCAGAUGCCCGAUCGGAACGUCCUUCGACGAUGUGCGCAAGAUCUGCGACUGGGUACAGAACGUUACGUGCUAA